UCUGCGCCUGCGCCCCGGCGCAAGGUGGGGUCGCUGGCGCGGGUGUUCUAGGGUUCGAGGAGCGUAAGGGGUAGUGGGCAACGUUCAACCGUCCUACUGAGCGGGCGGCGGCGGGAUGGCGACGGCCUCAGGGUCUUUGGACUUGGCCGGACUCAGAGCGCCUCCGCCCGGCAGGGGAGCACAGGCGGCGGCGGCGGCUGAGGAGGAGGAGCGGGAGGUGGUGCGGGUCCGAGUCAAGAAGUGUGAGAACUUCUUGCCGCCUGAGUUCCGUUCCUUUGCUGUCGACCCCCAGAUCACGUCUCUGGAUGUGUUACAGCACAUCCUCAUCAGAGCUUUUGACUUGAAUGGGAAAAAGAACUUUGGCAUCAGCUACCUGGGCCGGGAUCGGCUAGGACAAGAAGCUUACCUAUCACUCCUAUCUGACUGGGACCUCAGCACAGCCUUUGUCACUGCCUCCAAACCUUACCUGCAGUUACGUGUAGACAUCCGGCCCACUGAGGACAGCCCGCUGCUGGAAGACUGGGACAUAAUCAGUCCCAAAGAUGUCAUUGGCUCCGAUGUGCUGCUGGCUGAGAAACGGUCAUCGCUGACAACAGCUGCCCUACCCUUCACACAGUCCAUCCUCUCUCAGGUGGGCCGUACCUUAUCUAAGGUCCAGCAGGUGCUAAGUUGGUCCUAUGGGGAAGAUGUCAAACCUUUUAAGCCACCCCUGAGUGAUGCUGAGUUUCACAUGUACCUGAACCAUGAAGGCCAGCUAUCCCGUCCUGAAGAGUUGCGCCUGCGGAUCUAUCAUGGUGGUGUUGAGCCCUCCUUGAGAAAGGUGGUAUGGCGGUACCUGUUGAAUGUAUAUCCAGAUGGGCUGACAGGCCGUGAACGGAUGGACUACAUGAAACGCAAGAGCCGUGAGUAUGAGCAACUCAAGAGUGAGUGGGCACAGCGGACAAGCCCCGAGGAUCUGGAAUUCAUCCGCAGCACAGUCCUCAAGGAUGUACUGCGUACUGACCGGGCCCACCCCUACUAUGCAGGGCCUGAGGAUGGCCCACAUCUGCGGGCACUGCACGACCUGCUAACCACCUAUGCUGUCACCCACCCCCACGUGUCCUACUGCCAAGGCAUGAGUGACCUUGCCUCGCCCAUUCUUGCUGUCAUGGACCACGAGGGCCAUGCCUUUGUCUGCUUUUGUGGUAUCAUGAAGCGCCUGGCCGCAAACUUCCAUCCUGACGGCCGUGCCAUGGCCACCAAGUUCGCCCACCUCAAGCUGCUGCUACGACAUGCUGACCCUGAAUUCUACCAGUACCUGCAAGAAGCUGGUGCUGAUGACCUCUUCUUCUGUUACCGCUGGCUGCUGCUUGAGCUCAAGCGUGAGUUUGCCUUUGAUGAUGCUCUCCGCAUGCUUGAGGUCACCUGGAGUUCACUGCCUCCGGAUCCUCCUGAACAUGAGGUUGAGCUUGUUGGACCCCCCAGCGAAGUGGCAGACACUGGUUUUGGUGGCUACAGGGGGCGACCCAUGCGACAAAGGCACAUGCUGAGGCCUGCUGGUGGAGGAGAUGGUGCCUUUGAAGAUGCUGUUGAUCACUUGACCACAACCAGCCAGGGGCCUGGUAGUGGAGGGCGUCUCCUGAGACAAGCCAGCCUAGAUGACCUCCAACAACUCAGGGAUAAUACAGGCAAUAAGAGGGAACCUCUGCUUCAGCUGCCACGACCAGCUGCCCUCAUCAGCUCCAAGUCCCUCUCUGAGCCCUUGCUGAACUCCCCUGACCCACUGCUCUCCUCCUCUUCCCACCCUGACUCUCCAUCCUCCUCAUCUCCACCCUCUACCCAGGAGGCCUCUCCCAUUGGUGAUGUGGCUGCAAGAUCCCCCUUGAUGCAAGAAAUGGGGAGCCCACAGGACCCUGGGAAGUCCCUGUUACCACCACCACCACUAGGCCUGCCCCCACCCCAGGAAUUUGGCUGGGGGAACCCAUUCAUGCUCUUCCUCUGCCUCGCCAUCCUGUUGGAACAUCGAGACCACAUUAUGCGCAAUGGGCUGGAUUACAAUGAGCUGGCCAUGCACUUUGACCGCCUUGUGCGAAAACACCACCUGGGGCGUGUCCUGCGCCGAGCCAAGGCUCUAUUCGCUGAUUACCUGCAGUCAGAAGUGUGGGACUCAGAAGAAGGGGCUGAGGCCACAGCCCCAUCUUGAUCAGGCUCUCCAGCUGACCAUUGGCCCCACCAGAUCUCUGUUUUCUGCCAUGAGGGCCUACACGUGAGACUCCACCUCUCUGUCUGCCAGCUCUACUAGACCUGUUCGGAGUGUGAGGCCCUUUCCCCAGGUCUGAGUUUGUAGGGCUCUGCUUCAGCACUGCCCCACGGAGGCCAUAGCCUUUUGUUUUGUUUUAUCCUAUUUUUAACAACUAUACUUUGCACACAUGAAA